GGCUGUCGCAAAGACAUCGCGCAACCCACUUGACUGUCCUGAACCCAUUGCCGUGGUAUUGGAGCUGCGGGUGGUCUUUUUUCUGCUUAGCAAUUCUUGAGGAACAUUUCGCUCAUGUCAUCAAGCUCGGCCUUGGCACUCCCGCGGACCGACCGCGCCACAGACUUGCAAGGAUCCGACCGCGUGGCGCGUGCAACUAGACUCCACCACGCAUAACACAGCAAAACAACAAUUCUUGCAUACCCGCCAGCCAGCAAGCACCACGCGCGCACACAUCCUUUCCUCUCUUGUUCUCUUGCUCGAACGCCGGUAUUCUUAUUCCUCGUGACAUCACUGUAUUUUGCACGCGAUGUCUCCGUCCAAGAUCUUCUCGCUCGAAGGCAAGGGCCUCAAGCUCACAACCGCCGAGGACAUUGAGCCGCAUAUCAAGGGGCUGAAGGAGAAUGACGAGGUGGAGGAAGUCCAUUUUCUGGGUAACACACUAGGGAUAGGGGCGAGCGAGGCGCUGGCGAAGGUGCUGGAGACGAAGAAGAAGUUGCAGGUCGCAAACUUCGCCGAUGUCUUUACCGGACGACUGCUCUCCGAAAUCCCGCCUGCGCUGUCUCAUCUUCUUACCUCCCUUCUCACGCUGCCUGAGCUGUAUACCGUCAACCUAUCUGACAACGCCUUCGGCCUAAACACCCAGGCGCCGCUCGUUGACUUUCUCUCGCAGCACGUUCCGCUCCGCCACCUGAUUCUCAACAACAAUGGGCUCGGCCCCGCCGCUGGUGUCCUCAUCGCCGAUGCCCUUACAACGCUCGCUGAGAAGAAAGAGGCUGCCAAGAAGGACGGUAAAGACGUCCCCGACCUCGAGACCGUAAUCUGCGGUCGCAACCGUCUGGAGAACGGCAGUAUGGCCGCCUGGGCGAAAACUUACGCCGCGCAUAAGGGCGUAAAAGAAGUCAAGAUGGUCCAAAACGGCAUCCGACAAGAAGGCAUAACGCACCUCCUUUCCAACGGUCUCUCCCAUGCCUCCAAGAUCGAGGUUCUCGACCUGCAAGAUAACACGUUCACCGCAACCGGCGCGAAAGCCCUGAGCAACGUCGUUGGCGGCUGGACCGAGCUGAAAGAGCUCGGCGUUGGCGACUGCUUGCUUAGCGGCCGCGGGGGAAUCGCGCUCGCUACGGCUCUACAGAAGGGGAAAAACUCCAAGCUGGAAGUGCUCCGCCUCCAGUACAACGACAUCAACAGCAAAGGCAUCGCCGGACUCGCAGAAGCACACACCAAGUUGCCCGCUCUCCGUCGUGUCGAGCUCAACGGUAACAAGUUUGACGAAGACGACGCAGCGAUCCAGAAACUCCGCGAAGUGCUUGAGGAGCGUAAAGAUGCUGCUAGAGUCGAUGAUGAGGAGGAUGACGAGUACUGGGGUCUCGACGACCUGGAUGAGUUGGAGAGCGAGGAGGAGGAGGAAGAAGAAGAGGAGGAGGAGCUCAAGAGGGCUAGUGAGGAGGAGGGAGAGGAAGAGGGAGUAGAGGUUGAGGAGAAGGCAGCGAGGGAGCUUAUUGCUGCUCAAGAAGCUGAGGAGGAGAACGUGCCGCAGGAGAAGGAUAAGAAGGUCGAUGAGCUGGCCGAUGCACUGGCUAAGACGGAGAUUAAAUGAGCUUGGUUAGAUCGGCCUGUACCUUGAGGAAGGCUUAUGGAUUGGAUGGCGUCACCGUGUGAUUGGCUUGUGUAUAGGACCGGGGAGAUACCAUAGAUAGAAUUCAUACGUUCAGCGAAUACCG